AUGAAGGCGCUCGCCGCCGUCCUGCUCGCCCUGCUGCUGUGCAAGCGGCCAGGGAGGGGACAGACACAGGACGGGGUGGAGGACGAGGACCUGGGGCUGGAGAGCUACGAUGACGACUAUGAGGAGGAAGAGGAGGACGAGGGGCCGGAGGACAGAGGGCUGCGAUGCUACGCCUGCUCGUCCCUGACGGAGGGGCAGACCUGCCGGGAGACCCUUUGCUGCCCCCUCACCCAGCGCUUCUGCAAGGCCUUCGUGUCGCGGUGGGACUCCGAAUCGGGGCCUCUGACCGCCUACUCGGGGUGGUGCACAGACGCCUGCAAGCCGGUGGCCAGGACGGUCGAGGGGACGGAGAUGACCAUGAUCUGCUGCCAGACCGCCCUGUGCAACUCCCCGCCCUGGCAGGGCGGCGGGGGGCGCGGCCCCCGGGGCAGCCCCGCAGCCGUGGCCGCCGCCCUCCUGCUCAGCCUGCUCCUCAGCCGCGGGGUCCUGA